AUGGGAGGUGAAGAUGAAGAGGCUGAAGAUAUCCCACAUGUACAAACAGAACAAGUAGGAAACCAAACUCUACCCGAAGCUGAAGAUAUCCCAUAUGAAAGGACAAAACAAGUGGGAAACCAAACUCUACCUGAAUCAGAAUAUAGAGCUUCGGUUGAGUCACGACAUGUUCGUGGGAAUCUAGACGAAGAGCCAGCUGAUCCUAUUUAUGAUGGUCCCCACUACGACCCCAGAUGUGAACAUUCAACCCUAAAGUUCAUGGUGGGAAUGAGCUUCAAUUCCCCGGAGCAGUUCAAAGAGGCAGUGGAGGAACACUCCAUAGCAAUUGGAGGCGAUAUCAAGUGGACGAGAAGUGACAAGAAUAAGAAGCGAGCUGAAUGUCGCCAGAAGUGUGGGUGGUAUAUUUAUGGUAGUUGGCAUGCUCGUUCUUUGUUUAUGGUGAAGAAUCUGGGGAAGGAUCACACUUGUCCUAGGGCUGUCCGGAUGCGGGUUGCAAAUGCAACUUGGGUGGCUAAGAAGUACAUUGAACGUUUUCGAAGGGAGCCUUAUUGGAAGGUAAAGUAUAUGAUGUUGGAGCUGAGGCAAACGCAUAAUGUGGUCAUUUCGAGGAGACAAUACUAUAGGGCGAGGACAUAUGCCAAGCGGAUGUUAGGAGGGUCGUUGAUAGAGGAGUAUAACAAGAUUAGAAGGUAUGUUGGCGCUUUGAAAGAGCGGGAUAGAGAUGGUACCUUUAUUCUCGAGGUUGACCCGUCUAAUGUGCCCAAUCGAGUAUUGUUCAAGAGGUUGUACAUUGGUUUUAGUGGGCUGCGAAGGGGUUUCAUUAGGGGUUGUCGACCAAUGUUUGCUUUGGAUGGGUGCUUUCUUAAAGGUGAGGUUAAAGGGAUGCUUUUGAGUGCUGUUGGUAAAGAUAGGAUGUUCCCUAUUGCUUGGGCUGUAGUGGAAGGGGAAAGUAGUAAAACAUGGAAUUGGUUUGUUUCUAUUUUACAGCAAGAUCUUAGGACCAUUGUUGUCGUGGGUGGACAGUCAUAUCUGACCAGCAUAAGGGACUUGUGCAAGCACUAA